AUGAAGUCCAAGGCCAUGAAGACCGCCAAAGCCAUGACCAAGUCCCAGCUUGCCGACCAGCUCGCCACGAAGUCCGAGCUCAAGAAGAAGGAAGUCAUGUCGGUCCUGCAGAAUCUUUCCGAAAUCGGUGCCAGCGAGGUCACCAACACCGGCAAGUUCGUUCUGCCAGGGCUCUGCAUGAUCAAGACUCGUCAGAAGCCUGCCACGAAGGGUGGCGUUCGCAUGAUGUUCGGCAAGGAGGUUCAGGUCAAGGCGCAGAAGGCGGGACCGCUGGCAGGCAGUGACUGCUGCGUCUUGCAACCGAAGUUGCCGUCAGGCGAAGACGGUAAAGGUGGCAAGAUGUAUAACGUGGGACUUAUCACCCGCACACUCGUCUCCAUGCUUGAGGCUGGAGGCUCCGGUAGCUUCGAGUCAAAGUGGCAUCAACAUCAAGUUUUUCCGGAGGUCAUCAGGGCACGUGCCCGAGUGUCAGAGACGAUCGCCACCAAAUGGAUAAAGCAGGGCACUGGACAACUUGCCCUCACCUGCCGAGAAGUUCAUGACUUCGCUGAGAUUUCGGAUCUUAGAAGGAUUUGGAUUCCUGCACAUUCGGAAGUCUUGCAACAUGCGCCCGCAAAAAUUCCUCGUGGUCUGACUCUUGCCUUGGCGGGAUGUGGGUGUACGUUUGCAUUGCUGCGUGCUCCGCAGCGUUGGGGGGUUCGCGUGCCAUCGAGUGCUGAGGAGAAGGUUAAAGCCAUUCUUAAGCCUAACUCCGUGUAUGUGCCUCCCAACCAUCGGCAAUACGCAAUCCACAACGUGCCCAGACAUCUGGAUCCAGAAUGCAUUGUCAAAACCAUUGCGAUUGAGCAGUUCAAGCCCUUUGUCGUAGCCUGCUUCAGAAACGGUAGUACAAAGCGCGUGGUCAUUGCUGCUGCCAAUCCUCCGCCUGACAUUGUUUUUCUGGUUCAGGAUGAACGAGGCGCUUUUGCCGAUGCAAAUCCUUUCAGCUUACUGAGUGAAGAUGCUGAUCAGGAGUUCCCGCCACUUGUGUUUCCAAGGCUGAAGUUUGAAGCAUUGGUGAACCUCGUUACUGCUGCCCCUGCUGAUGCUUCCUUCGCUCAGUUGAUGCUUGCCGACACUGCUCAUGUUGCCGCGGAGGUGUGGGACCAUUUCUGCGUUAUCUCGGGCUUGGGAGGUCCGCAUGCUGCUCAGGAGGAUGUUGCUUUAUACAUCACCGAUCUGCAACAGCGCUUUGAUUUCCUCGCGGAAGCCUUUCAGGUGGGAGCCUUGCUCGAGAGGCAGUGUCAAUGCUAUGCUGAAAACUGCGAGAUCACACACGCUCCUGAUCUGAAAGGAGGCGCUGGCAAGCAUGAUUCAAAAUCCGCUUUUCGUGUUAUGGUUGCCAAUGUCACAUCGCUUUUCUCGCGAGUUGCUGCAGUUUGCGCUGUGGCUUUUAGCAUCGCUUUCUUGAGUGAGACUGCGCUUACGCCUCAUGGACAGCAAUUGCUGACAAGACAACUCCAAAAGGAUGGUAGGUGUGCCGUGUGGAGUAACGCAGUUGACGGUAAGGGUGUGACGUCGUCCUGUGGUGUCGCGAUCAUCGGGGCUCCUGGGGUUCGGCUUCAAGCCCUUCAGGUGCCUGACACUUUUGAAGCAGCCUGGACGCAUGGUCGCGUAGUAGCUGGAACCGCAUCGGUCUCCACAAAGGCUGGUUUGGACUCUGUGACGUGUGUCUCAUGUUAUGCCCAUGUCACGGAUGAGAGUGCCAGAGAGUCUCUCCUCACUGAUGUUGUUGAGUGGAUUCUUUCUCUGAAGGGCCAUGUUUUAUUUGGUGGUGACAUGAACACGGAGUUGUAUGAGUCGCCGGCUUUGAUUUUCCUCCUGCAGCGGGGCUAUCGCACGGUGAACAGCAAAGGAGCUGUCACUUGUGCGGCCCCAAGUUCCUCGCGAGGUUCUGUGAUUGAUCACCUCCUGGUGUCGCCUUCUUUGUGGCCAGCGCUGCAAUCUAAUGAGGUGUUGUCGGAAGCACCUUGGCCAACUCAUAAGCCUAUCUUCGCAGAGUUCGAUGCUACAGCGGUCAUUGACACUUGGCAAACACUUUUGCCGCCCCUUCCAUUCCCCUUGCAGGGAUGUGUUCCUACCGCUGAUGCACAUGAUGUCUAUCAGCAGGAGUUUCGGGCGAUAAGCUCCUUGACAAAGGAGGGUCAACAUUGUGCUGCGUAUGAUGCUUGGACGGAGCUCGCGGAGCGAGAGCUCAUGCACCAGUGUCGGCGGAAUGCUAAGGAUGUUAAUCGCAAGCAUUUUGGUAGGGCCGUUCCACCCAAGCUUAGGCAGUGUCAGCUUAAAGGCUCAGGUGGAAACAUGCAUCAUGACGCAUGCGAUAGAAGGCUGGAGAAGGUGAGAUCUGGACUCGGCGAGUUGUGCACGCGGUGGGAUGUUUGCCAGCGUGAGAAUACGCAACAUGCGCUGUGGGCAAAUGCGCGGCGCCGCAUUUUGCUUGUUGAUGCUUCGAUUGGGGAGCUGCCUGUUGAUUUACCGGCAAGGGAUGUCGUGUAUCAUUGGUUGAUCUGGGUGCGGGCUGAAAUUGAGCUGAUCGGUUCAUUUGGGCCAAAGCCAAACACGCUAAUUGGCAAUCGAUUCCUGUGCAAAGGCGCACUGAUGCCGAGAUUCGACCUGGAAAAUCUUGCAUCGCUUGAUUUGUUGAGCAUGACUGGGAAAGGGGAAUCUGCUCAAUCUACCUUGGCUUGGGUGUUUCUGAAAUGCCAAAACUCUGUGUUGGCUCAGCGGCCCUUGCAUGUCCUGAGCUAUGACGUCAGCAAAUGUUUUGACAGCCUUCCUUGGGAUGCGGCUCAAGCUCUCCAUAAUCACUGGCAUUCGCUCAGACGGAUUUGGAAACUCCAAGGCCGCUAUCAUGAUGCAACCUUUGAUGCAAGUAAUGGCUUGUUUCAGGGCGACCCCACGGCGCCGGCGGGCCUCGCUGCGUUCCUUGUUGAGCCGAUGUUGCAUAUUGCACAAGCUUGGCCCAUGGUGCGAGCUUCGCAGUACGCUGAUGACAUUUUGUUGAUGUCUGAAGAUGCCAGCAGCUUGGCAGCAGCCAACAAAUACUUGGAAGGGUGGAUGCACAAGCAUAGAGUGCAGUUCAAUGUUGGCUUCUGCACGGAUACUCAGGCCGCUACUUCCGACUUUCAGGUUGGGGGGAAAACACUUGAAUGCGCCAGUCUUCUGGAAAAUCUGGGUGGCCGGUUCCAAUUAGACUCGGAGGGCCUGCCGGUUGCGGAUGAGCAGCAUCAAACCGGAGUUUAUGAGCGUUUCACCGAAGUUGCUCAGCGUUUGGGGCGGCUCUCGGUUGGCUGGGACGUUCGCUCUGCGGACGUGAAGGCUAUCAUGCCUAUGCUUACGUACUCAGCUUUGUUAUGGAACCCCGCGGACUUUUCUGAUGCUCGCAAACAACGACUGAUGGUCAAUGUGUUAUCGGGUGGCAAAGAGAACACGCGUAGGUGCGUGGAGGUAUCCCUUGCGGUGCUUAGUCCGGUUCAUCGCACCUGCAUUCCUGCUGCGUUGCUUCGUGAACAAAUGCUGGUUCUUGGACGCCUCAUCAAUGUUAACGCUGACUUUCGGCAAGAGGUGCAGAAACAUUUUCGUCUGUGUAGUGCCAUGGAAGUCGCCCCCUCGGGUUCCUUCUAUGCGAGCUUUCGGGCGUCGCUCCAGGAAUACGGCUGGGAUUGGUUGAAGUGGCAUACCAUUAGAAGCCGUGAUGGUGUUGAGCACUUGUUAGCUGGGGUCACAUUGGAAGCUAGAAGAGCUCAGGUGUGUGCUGAUUUGUGCCGCGCCACUCAAGCUGAUGAUCUCACGCGGUUAGUUGAGGAAAUGGCCCAGAGCCAUCGAAGCAUGUGCCAUUGGUCUUUGCUGUUGCACUCUCUUCGUGAGGACAUGCGACAAUACAUGUGUGCAAAUGCGGCUCGCAGGAGGCGGGACAUGAAAGGUUUGCAAGAAGUGGACCGCGAAGCGCUGCGGGCCCUCUGGAAGAAAGUACCUGAAACUGAUCAUCCAACCCUGCGUUUUCUGAUGCAAGGCGCAGCGAUGACGGCUGAUCGGGAGCACCGUGGUACCAAGGGACGGGUUUCUUCCAUUUGCAGCCACUGUGAAAUGGGGGUAGUUGAAGAUGAAACUCAUCGUUAUUGGCAGUGCCCCGGCUGGACGGAGAUUCGGCAUGAACACUUGGGUGAUGCAUCCGAUGAGUUGUGUGCUUCGCUCAGUCAGUUGCCGAGUGCCGCGUCCGUGUGCGCCCUCCCUGUGAAGCAACUUUCGUCCGGUGUUCGUGUUAUGUGGCCCGAAAUCUGCUCCUGCAUGAUCGCCAUUCACCGGAGAGCGACAGCUGCUCAUGCAAGUUCUGUGUGA